AUGAUUCUGUUAGCCCGGUUGAGACAGGUGUUCCUUCCUGCCUGGAACGGCUCCUGUGUGGCCUGUGAGAGCAAAGAGCUGUGGAAGGUCAGCUCUUCUGGAGGUCUGCGUGGCCGGCCAAGCUGCUUAGGUGGACGUUCACGUGGCGUCACGAGUCCCUGUCCCGGGACUGCGUUUCCCGGGGAGGUGACGCUGGCCUGCGUUGGUACUGUCAUUAGCUGGAUGAGGGUGGUGUCCUCAGUGGCAGCUACGCUCGAUACCAAGGGAAGGACUUCAGCUGUGCACUUACAUCCUCAAGAAGAGGCAGCAUCCUUGCCAGACCUUGCUUCCAAAUUUCAAGAGGAACUUGGUAUUGUCGAGGAGGGAGAGUGUUGCCCAUCAACGCCGGUGGCUGCCACUGCCAGCUUCAUGAACACCAAGUCACUCUAUGACACGCAGCUUCCUGCUUGUCUGCACGCUGCCCACCGCAUCGCACGUCUGGCCUUCCAUGAGCAAAAGUUUCACUACUGA